CUCGGCGCCAGCCCGCUGCGGCCGUUGCUGCGCUGCCAACCACCCCCCCUGCCGCCCCCGUUUAGCCGUCACCCGCUGACUGGUGGCAGCUGCCGCCCGCCACUGCUUCCCGCCGUGAGGGCCGUUAGGCAGCGGCCCGCGUGGGAGCUCCUAGGACGUUGUGUCUCGGUCUGCAUCCUCCUCUGGGCUGGGGGGAGAUCAGCGUCUUCCUUGGCUCGGGCAACUAGUCCAGGGAAGGCAGCAGGGAGUGAGGACGUAGCGUUGGAGAGCGGGCUGGCGCUGCUGGGUCAAAUGCUGACCUCACCUUAGGGCCCGAAGUUACUUGGAUCGGCGCUGGAAGGAGAGACGAAUCUCUGCUAUAGCUGUCUGCCUGCUUGGGUGCCUCUUGGCCUGGAGCUUGGACCGUUUUCUUGUCAGGAGUAACCUACAUCUUUCCACUCCGAUUUAGAAAGACCUGAUAAGUGCGCGCUAGUGCAUUUACUGCAGUUGCUGAGCUUUAGUGCAAAGUAUGAUUUGAAAACAGUCAACAUGGACUUUUCACGUCUACACAUGUAUACUCCUCCACAAUGUCUGCCAGAGAACACUGGCUAUACAUAUGCACUCAGUUCAAGCUAUUCUUCAUCUGCUUUGGAUUUUGAGACUGAAAACAAAAUCGAUCCAGUGUUUGAUUCACCAAGAAUGUCACGGCGUAGUUUACGGUUAGCUACUGCAGGAUUUAGUAAAUCAGAUGAUGCACAAAACGAUGCCCAUCAUGACAGCUAUUACACCGGGAGCAGGUCGUUAAGAGAACAGUCUUCUCAAACGGUGAAGCAACGCAGAAGUAUGAAUAAACAGUCUGGCAGUGCAAGACACACGCCAAGGAAAAAUCUAUCCAGCUCUCCCAUUCUUAGCCAAAGCAGUUUCAACAGCCAUGCCAGUGAUGUGUCAAUGGCAUCCUCUGUAUUGGGCGAGUCUUCGAUUCGAGAGCAGACAGAAGUUGGUCAUUUCUGGGGUCUUGAUGAUGAAGGAGACCUUGAAGGUGUUGAUACUACACUGAUUCAGGGAAAUGGUGAUACAACAGCAGAAAUGCAGCCCACAGUGAGCAAUGGCUACACUUGCAGUGACUGCAGCAUGCUUUCAGAACGGAAGUAUGCUCUUACAGCGUAUUCAUCUUCUCACAUCCCAUCUUCCAGAAUUUACUCUAGGGACAGGAGCCAGAAACAUACAUCUAGAGGAACCUAUUUCUACAUGAGUAAGAUUCUACAAUCGGUCAAACAUGCUGCAGCAUCUUUUGCAUCACUAUUAGUGCAAUUAUUUCAAAUGGUUUUGCUGAAGCUGGGUUAUGAUUUUAAAGCUCACUCAGACUACUGUGCAAGCAUGAAUAUAAAGGAGGUUUAUAGAGAAGAUAGCCAUCUUGGUGUAAAUGAGGAAUCAAUAUGUGAUGACUGUAAGGGGAAGAAACAUCUCGAAAUACACACCACAGACCACAUGCAAUCCUCACGGGCUAAAAGUGUAGCAAGGACCAUUUGGCACAACUUUUCUUAUGCAGGUUACUUUAUGCUUCACAUGUUGCGAACAGUGGGAGCAACAGGAUGGCUUGUGUCUCAGAAGGUGGUGUCUCUACUUUGGCUGGCCAUUCUUUCUCCAGGGAGGGCAGCUUCUGGCAUGUUCAGGUUGCUUAGAUCUGGCUGGUACCAAUUUGUUACUCUGAUGUCUUUGCUAAAGGUGUUCCUUCUAAAAAGAUGCCUUCCAAAUAUCCAGGAGCUGUUACUGUUUCUUAUCCCACUCCUGUUUCUAUUAGGUGUAUGGUUCUGUGGGUUUGAUGGCUUCAUUUCAUUACUACCUUCACUGAACUGGACAAAAAUUGAUAGAAUACAGAGAACAGAUGACUCUAGUAGUGUUCCCAAACCAGAGGCUGAUUCUUUUCCCCCUGUGCAACCUCCAAAGGAUACCAUAAAUGUCUUUGAUCCUGGUCGUGUAUAUGAUCUGGAAAAGCAAAUGGCCUUCCUGUCUGAAAAAUAUCAUCACCAUGAUGAACAAUACAGCAAAGUGAUGGUUCUACUCCUUAAUCUUCAAGAUCAGGUUGCCCAGAUGAGUGACAAAAGUAAAACACUGAAUCUAAUAAAAAGUGUGAUUGAUCAACAUCUUAAAGAUCUGAAACUGGAGGUAACGACUGACUUCCAGGCUUUACAUCGAGAACAUGAGCUGCGCAUCCUGACUUUGGAAGACCUACUUGGAAAGCUCUCUAUUGAAUCCAAGGGCAUCCAGAAGGAGCUUGAUAUAGCCAAAGUAAAAACAAUGAGAGAUGAUGAUGAACGUAGUCAACUUUUGUCUAAAGUUAAAAUGCUAGAGCUAGAGUUGUCUCGGAUGAAGUCGGAGCUGUUAAGUGAGGAAAGGGUGAAGACAAGUUGCAAGAAAAUAGAUCUCAUUCAUGAAAAAGUAGAUGCCCAGGUCAAAGAAUCUGUCAAGCGAAUGCUUUUUGGUGAUCGGCAAGAAGAGUUUCCUGAAUCGCUUCUCCAGUGGCUUGCAUCCAAUUACGUGAGCAAAAGUGAUCUGCAGACUUUGCUGCAGGAUCUAGAGCUGAAGAUUCUCAGGAAUAUUACUCUCCAUAUGUCUGUUACCAACCAAAAACUAACAUCUGAAGUAGUAACAAAUGCUGUGGCAAAUGCAGGGAUUUCUGGAAUCACAGAAGCGCAAGCACAAAUGAUUGUAAACAAUGCACUGAAACUGUACUCUCAGGACAAGACUGGCAUGGUGGAUUUUGCUUUGGAAUCUGGAGGUGGCAGCAUCCUGAGUACUAGAUGCUCUGAAACGUAUGAAACGAAAACAGCUUUAAUUAGCUUGUUUGGAAUUCCUCUCUGGUACUCCUCUCAGUCUCCCAGAGUGGUGAUUCAGCCGGACAUAUAUCCUGGGAACUGCUGGGCUUUCAAAGGAUCAUUAGGCUACCUUGUAGUUAGGCUUUCAAUGAAGAUCUAUCCAACAUCCUUUGCAGUGGAACAUAUACCAAAAACACUUUCACCAACAGGAAAUAUCUCCAGUGCUCCCAGGAACUUUUCAGUAUAUGGUCUGGAUGAUGAAUAUCAAAAAGAAGGCAAGCUUCUAGGACAGUAUGUCUAUGAUCAAGGAGGAGAACCACUGCAGAUAUUUUCAGUGAUGGAGAAAUGUGACAGCGCAUUCCAAAUAGUGGAGCUGAGGAUUUCUUCUAACUGGGGACACGCAGAGUACACAUGCCUUUAUCGGUUCAGAGUGCAUGGGAAACCUGCCGAGUAAUCUCCGACACUACAGCUUUGGGGUUCCUUGCUGUACAUUUUGUUCUCGAUUUGUAUAUACCGGGAAGCCUAGAACACUGGAAUCUUUAAAGGACAAGGAUGCGAGAUGUACACUGCAGAACUGUUGAUCCUCUGAUAAAGGCAGAAGACUGUCAGCAGAACUGUAUAAAACAAAACACAUUUAUUUGCUCUAAUGCUCAGCUUGUGAUUGCCAGUUAGCUUUGUAUUUUCGUGUCCAUGCUGAGAGAAAUAAUGCAUGCAACUGCUGUGGUUCAUAAAGCCCAGUUGACAGGCAGGUGACACCUCUUUUAUUACAAAUGAAUGUAUAGGGGUUUUUUUAAAAAAGAAUAAACACUUUCUGCAACUAGGAAUCUGCUUUUUUAAAACCCAGGGCUGAAGUGCACACUCGUGUUAGCUUGGCACCAUAAACCAAAAACUGUGGCACAUCUGAAAACACCAACUGUGGCUAAAGGUGGCCUUCAGCUGACCCUUGGUUCUGACCUUUCUGCUGGCUCCAAAAGGGCACUUUUGAUACGUGUUGCAUAUAACUACUGUCAGGGAAAAUGAACACAACCAAAACUAGUUUAAACACCAGCGACUGAGAAUGCUUUACUGUAAUUUGUGGCCAUGAAUUGCUCUAAAAGUCAGGGAGAACUUUCACUGAAGUUAUUUUAAGAGUUUUUACCAUGGCAGCUUGGCCAAUUUGUUGUUCUUUAGUGUUAAUUCCAAAUCGACCUUGAUGUACUGACUAUCUGGACUGGAGCUGAAAAGUCUGCUAAAUUGCUUAGCAAACAUUAGGAUAGAGCAAUUAAACAGUCUUCAUUUGUCAAAAGGAAUCUCUCUGGGACAAGAAUUCCUUGGGCUGGUUCAUUGUUAUGCUCAGUAAAUGCUGUACUGGGAGAAUGCAGUAUGUGGACAACACGACAGGAGUGAAGCUCUGGUUCCCAUUUCCAUGAGGGAUGCCGUGCUGCCGUACAGGAAUACGCGGGCAUUCUUUAGAUCACCCCCAGGAACCUUAGUCAGGUCUAAGCAGAUUAGAGUUGUGUCUUGUGCUGAGAAUGCACCAUUUCCAGGUAGAACGAGAUGAAACUGCCUAUUGCCCCUCUUCUCCCUCCCCCCAGGGUUGCUACUUUGAAAAUCCUUUUCAGAAAAGAUUCCUGAAAUGUCCUUGUAUGCAGAAUUUUUUAUCUUGCCGUUCUGAUGCAUUUUAUAGUUACACACAAACUGUUAACACAGGGAGCUGCUGACUGGUUUUCUGACUAGAGUUAAUGUAUGUUGCACAACAGUCCUCGAAUGUUUAAAACCAAGUCUCCAUGUAAAGAAUUUGUUGUUGGUUGUUUCCGUUUCUCUUUUUUUUUUUCUUUUCCACUUGAGCUAGAGCCAGGACCUAUGGCCUAAGCAGAGGAGCUAGAUGACAUGUGUACAGGUGUUUUCAUAUGCUAGGUUACAUAUUUAAAAGUAGAAUUAUCCUGUGUAAAUUGAAAUUAGGUAGCCAGGGCGGGAAUAUUUUGAAUAACACUAACUUAUUUUUUAAAAGAGCGAGAUAAUAGGACUUUGUGCAAUGUAUUUUUGUAAAUGCUUUUAAAAAAAAAAUGUCUGUUAUUCUUUGCUGCCUCCAAACUGACAAGAUGCUAUUGAGAUGUUUAAAUAAAAAGAGUUUUAAUUUUUUGAAAGUGCAUGUAAUAUUUGGAAAAAAA